UUAUCGAGGAACAAUAACAUCUGUCAAUUAAUUCAAACUUGCAAAGAAAAGAAAGACAAGACGCCCUGCUUUGAAUUCUCUGCCGCCAUGGGCGAAGUCUCUCGGUUUACCUUUUCUCUCUCUGACAAAUGCUCUUUGAAGCCCGUGGACAAAACCCUUGCUGUUACUCAUCGUCUGCUUCCGCUAAAUCUCCGCUUGCCUGCAACUUCCCCCGUUAAUCUCAACGUUAGACUCUCAAUCUCAAGCUCAAGCUCGCGUGGCUGUACGCUCAAAUGCUCAGCUUCAACACCUGAUAACCAGGUAGCAAGAUUUCAAGAAGCUUCAAUGAAUGGGAAUUUAAUUCCUCUAUACCGAUGUAUAUUCUCAGAUCACUCAACUCCAGUGCUUGCUUACAGAUGUCUGGUUAGGGAAGAUGAUAGGGAUGCUCCAAGCUUUCUGUUUGAAUCGGUUGAGCCUGGCUUGGAUGCUUCAACAAUUGGGCGAUAUAGUGUCAUAGGAGCUCAACCAAGUAUGGAAAUUGUGGCCAAAGAAAACAUGGUUACAAUAAUGGACCAUUAUGAAGGUCGUCGGAGGGAGGAGAUUGUGGAGGAUCCAAUGGAGGUUCCUAGAAGAAUCACGGAGGGCUGGAAACCACAAUUUAUUGAUGAGCUUUUUAAUUGCAUUUUAAAAGUUUGUUCAACUUAAAAUAUAAUUAAAAUGUUGUUUUUUUUA